UCCGCCGGGCGGUACCACCCGGAAAGCCUGCGGGGGGUGGUGGUGGUGCCGGAAGCACUGCCUGUUCUCCCCGGCAGGACCCACACGCCUCUUCCCCUCAUGGCUUUCAACUUCGGGGCGGCGGCGGGCACCGGGGCCGCCAACCCCACGGGUGCGUUUGGAGGAUUUGGGACAACCACGACCACUGCGGCGCCAGCGUUUAGUUUUUCUGCUCCCACCAAUACAGGCACAGGCGGACUCUUUGGUGCUACCCAGAACAAAGGCUUUGGAUUUGGUACUAGUUUUGGCACGGGAACCGGAACUGGCUUGGGUACUGGGUUGGGAACUGGGUUAGGCUUUGGAGGCUUCGGUACCCAGCAGCAACAGACCACACUAGGAAGCGGCUUGUUCAGCCAGCCUACUCAGACACCUGCCCAAUCGAACCAGCUCAUCAAUACAGCCAGUGCCCUCUCGGCGCCGACGCUCUUAGGAGAUGAGAGGGAUGCCAUUUUGGCAAAAUGGAACCAGCUGCAGGCCUUCUGGGGAACAGGCAAAGGGUACUUCAACAAUAACAUUGCUCCAGUGGAGUUCACCCAGGAAAACCCAUUUUGCAGAUUUAAGGCCGUGGGUUACAGUUUAAUGCCCAACAACAAAGACGAAGAUGGCCUUGUUGUCUUGGUCUUUAAUAGAAAAGAAAUAGAUAUUCGAAGCCAGCAGCAGCAGCUCGUAGAAUCGCUGCACAAAAUUCUGGGAGGAAACCAGACCCUCACUGUCAACAUAGAAGGUGUUAAAACGAUGCCAGAUGACCAGACAGAAGUGAUCAUUUACGUUGUUGAGCGUUCACCCAACGGCACCUCGAGGAGAGUUCCAGCAACGACCCUGUAUGCCCACUUUGAACAAGCCAACAUAAAAUCGUCCCUGCAGCAGCUGGGAGUCAGUCUCUCCAUGGCCAGAACGGAGCUUUCCCCGGCCCAAGUCAAACAGCUCCUUCAGAAUCCUCCUGCUGGUGUUGAUCCUAUUAUAUGGGAACAAGCCAAAGUUGAUAAUCCAGAUCCUGAUAAGCUUAUUCCUGUACCAAUGGUGGGUUUCAAAGAACUGUUGAGAAGAUUGAAGGUCCAAGAUCAGAUGACCAAACAGCAUCAAACUCGAUUAGAUAUAAUAUCAGAAGAUAUCAGUGAGCUACAGAAAAACCAGACAACCACUAUGGCAAAAAUUGCACAGUACAAAAGGAAACUGAUGGCGCUUUCUCACAGAACAUUACAGGUGUUAAUAAAGCAGGAGAUCCAAAGGAAAAGUGGUUAUGCCAUUCAAGCAGAUGAGGAGCAGCUUCGUGUACAAUUAGAUACUAUUCAGUGUGAACUUAACGCACCUACACAGUUCAAGGGCAGACUGAAUGAGCUUAUGUCCCAAAUCAGGAUGCAAAACCACUUUGGAGCAGUGAGGGCUGAAGAGCGCUAUUACAUAGAUGCAGACCUCUUAAGGGAAAUCAAGCAACAUCUGAAGCAGCAGCAGGAAGGCCUUAGUCACUUAAUUAGCAUUAUAAAGGAUGACUUGGAGGAUAUCAAACUAAUAGAACAUGGGCUGAACGAGAGCAUUCCCAUCAGAGGAGGAGUCUUCAGUUGACAGGUCACUUGCUGCUGGGCUCGCACGGAACAUAUUAUUCAAGUUCAUGGUUCACCUUCCAAGGCUAAAACUGGUGAGGUAAAAUGAAAUGUGUAUCUUCUAGGAGUAAUGGUAUGUUGUCUGUUAUCUUUAGAAUUAGCAAAGCCUCUUGUAAGCUUUUGAACUUGACCUUUGGAAGGUUUAUAUUUUAUAAAGCUGUAUAUGCUUUAAUAAAAGAAGGAAAACUGAAUCUGUUCAGAUACUGGUUUACUAUAAAACUAUAUGUACUAUUGUACAUUUUUCCUUUUUUUUUUUUUUUUUACAAUAUUAUUGUCUUAGAAAAUACAGUGGUGAGGGCGUUGUUCUACUUGUGACUUGGUUUGUGGAAAGCUUAGCCUGCUUCCAUGGUUUUGUCAAAACAAGUAACAGCAUUAUGUAAAGAGCUAAUCUAAAUCAUUACAGAUAUGUAUGUUGCUGUAACUAUGUCGGUCUUCACAAUACUGGUAGUUUUCUGGGGCAAUCUGCAGGAAUUUGACUUUUCCAGUGUCUGUCUUUCCUUUGGACUGUUUACAUAUGUGAAUUCUAAGAAGCUUUUCUGUCCCUCAACUAACAACAAGAUGGGUAGAUGAUGUCUUCCUUUUUUUUUUUUUAAUUUCUGGAGAGUAAUAAAUUCAGUCUGACUUUAUAAUAA